AUGUCGACCUCCAGCAGAACCCUCACCAACAGCGUGCAUCCUCCGGGUAAGACAUGCCUUGCCUUCUCAAUGGACGGCAAGUACGCGUACACUGGAGGCUCAGACAGUAUUGUCCGCAUCUUUCACGUCGAGAAGGGGAAAGAUCAAGAGCCAGAUGCUGCAGCAGAAGCAGAGGACAACAUCACCGCUCUCACCGCCGCUAACGAGUGCUGGUUGUCUGCCAGCGAAGACUCUUAUAUAAGAACAUAUACGGCAGGAAAGAACACCUUCAAUGGACUGGCAGGUAGCGUCAAAGGGGCCACUAUAAACUGCAUAGCUGUGGACCCCAAGGGAAAACGCAUUGCUGUUGCUUCCGACGAACUCAUGGUCAAAAUCAGCGACUUGGAUAAUAUCAGUAAUGUUCAGAUAGUAGACGGAUUCAAACGUGGAGUCAGGAAAGUCACUUGGGAUCCGUCUGGCUCAUUGCUUACUGUCAGCUGUGGCGAUGGCACAAUUGCCGUCUGGGAUGUAUCCGAGGAGCAGCCAACACGGUUAGAAGUCAUCGAUGGCAUCAUUCCAGCGGUCACAGACUCAGAAUCAGAGGAGUUCAUGCAUGAUUGCUCCGCUGUGUGGCACCCCACGGGCCAACGCUUUUAUGCGGCGUCUCGGACUCACGACAUUGUCGCUAUCUCCAGAGCAACAUGGACGAAAUCAGAGACACUGUCCGAUCCCAGCGUGACUGGAUCUCAUACUGCCAUUGCACUGUCCGCCAACGGUGCCUUCUUGGCCAGUGCUUGCGGUUCAGAAGUGCUCAUAUGGAGUACACAAAAACGGCGUGUUCUCUCAAGGCUUCAGAGUACCCCCAGCGCAGUCACCAUUCAACUCGCAUUCUCUCCAUCUCAGAACUUACUCGCCUGGAUAGACACGCAGGGGGGCUUUACACGCGUCUCAAACGCUAUCGCGACCGAAUUCGGCGAUCCCAUCAAGGAUUCUGCCGCAGCUAACGUCCAGGGACAGGUGAUAUCCCGUAAGAAAACUCCCACACCUUGGGAGGACGAUGCAGACGUCGACUUGGACGCCGUGGGUGGAGACGAUGGCCUUUUUGGUGGCGAGGACUGGAUCAUUGACGACAUCGGGGGAGGAAUGCAGGACAAGCCUGAACGGCAGGACAAAGGCGAUGGGUACGUCAAGGAAAUGGUCAGUAUUACGAAGGCACAGUCGGCGUUCCAGCCUGGAUCGACGCCAAUGUCAGUGCUUAAGAGGCGGUACCUGGCGUACAAUAUGAUUGGAGUCAUUGAAGUGACUGACCAAGAUACGCACCACAUCGUCAAUGUCGAGUUCCACGACCGGUCUGCGCGCAAGAGCUAUCACUUUACUGACCAUUUCAAACAUGACCUUGCCUCUUCAGGCGAGCGAGGCGCCGUGUUUGCCUGUCCACCGGAACAGGACAAUCCAGCUCAGGUGAUCUACAAGCCGUACGGUGUAUGGUCCACGCAAGGGGAGUGGACAUAUAUCUUGCCCAAGGGCCAGCGAGUUCUAGGUGUGGCUGCCGGCGGCAAUAAGGCCAUGAAGUCUCUUCGCGAAAACUCGGACAGCGGCGGGGACCUACAGGGUCAUGGCAACGUUGUAGUUGCCACUAGCGCCGGAGAUCUUACUUUUAUCAGCGGAUCUGGCGUUGAACAAAUUAUACUUGGUCUUGAAGGCGAGUUCGUCACGAUGGCAGCUGCUGAAGAGUAUGUUAUUGUUGUGCACCGGCCAGGUGCUACUACCAUUGACGGGUCCCAAGGCUUACUGGCUACGGUCAUCUCAUAUGAAGACUUCGAAGUGUUGCAGGAGAAGCCUCUCCCAAUACCUAAAGGACAUAUCUUGAAAUGGAUUGGUAUCACAGACCAGGGCAUCCCAGCUAUCUAUGACUCAGCUGGCUACUUACACAUCAUGAUCAAUUUCCGGAGACCAAAUCGCGCGACUUGGGCCCGACUGCUCGAUACCAACGCAUGGGAACGCAAGCAAGGCAAAGAUGAAUCAUAUUGGCCAGUAGGCUGCUCAAAUGAAACAUUCCAUUGUCUCAUUCUUAAGGGUCGUCAAGAAUACCCAGGCUUCCCUCGUCCUCUUAUCCAAGAACUUCCCAUACGGAUGCCGUUCCGGAUCAAAGACACCACCGAGGAAGAGCUGUUACGCAUACACAUCAACCUCGCACGAGAUGCCCUCCCAGACGACGAAGUCUCUGCGCCCGAUCUUGACCGGCGCGAGCUCGAGCUCGACAAGAUAACCAUCAGGCUCAUCCAGGCAGCAUGUAAAACAGACAAGCAGCCGCGCGCACUCGAACUCGCCAAACGCCUCAAUUUGCCUCAGUCACUCGCCGCCGCUCACAAGGUCGCUGCCUUCUACAAGCUGCAUGGUCUGAGGGAGAAGUUUGAGGCGCUGAUUGAGUGGCGCGAAGAGACCAUGACGCCUGCGGAGGAGGCACGAGAGCGGAGGCGGGCUCUGGGGGACGAGGACGCGCCUAUGGCCAUGCCCAAACCAUUCCAGGAUUUCAAUGCUCCACCUAGGGUUGACAGGCCUGGAUUGGCGCGGCCGACAGGUAUCGUCGAGCAUUCCGAGUUUUCCUCCUCCAACGCAGGGCUGCGCCCGAUAAGAGAGAAGGCAACUGGGCUAUCUAUGUCACGCUCAGCGUCUCCCGAAGGCAAGCGGAAGCGUGACGAGGAUGACCAUAUGCUUAAUGGGACGGAAAGCGACGUCAAGCGACGUGCGCUUGGCGACGCGCCGUCACCAGCAACGAAUUCUAGUACGAUAAUUUACCGACCUUUGUUGAUCUUACCUAAUUCCUUUUAUCAGACCCCUUCUCUCGAAAGAACGCUCAGACAGCAAAUCCCAACCCUUUCUCACGAAAGUCCGAUUUGA